AUGAUAGCUCUGCUCGAGCAGACAUGCAAAAUACUAGGCUGCAAUAGAGUACUAGGCGUUCCAUAUGCGCAUCAUGUAUACGUUGCGAAGAUGCUAAAGGGAAUUGUUCAUAAAUUGUUUCAGCUGAUCGCAUGCUCCAUGACACACAGUUGGUCUGCACCAGAAUUGUCAGUCACCGGAUCUUUGUACUGCAAAGGAAGACCUAUAGUUCAUACUCGCGUUGCUUUACUUGACGGUACCAAACGUUUUUUUUUUGUAAUUUGCAUCAGAAUGCAUUUAAGGUGGUGGACGUUCCUACUUUAA